AUGGAUGAAAUACAGGAGCUCGUUCGGCAGGUCGUGCGGCAAUGUGCUUCGCGUGGCGUCACCGUGUCCGAGGUGCUGGCUGCAUUCGUGGCAAGGACGGUGAUUCAAAAGCCGGGCUUGAAUGGCCAAGCAUUAUUCAGCUUAAACAGCCCCUUAACUCAAGAAGGGCUGAGCGAUUUGAUCGACCGGAGUGUUGACAGGCUGCUCGAGGUGGACUCCCCAUCACUAGAAACGAUGAAGAUGCAGGUUGCGGUGGACUCAAGCUACAUCUCCGAGGAAGAGGGUCUAAUGAACUCACACCAACGGCGAACAGCAAGAUUAAGGGAGAUGCAACGAACCAUAGCAACAAUGCGACCAAAGGAUGGAGCUGAUUUCGACGCCCUAACUGCUCUUCAUCGUCAGGUGCCUCUCAUACCCACAUAUUUUUAUUCCUUCACUGUAGAAAUGCCUAUCGUCGAUGUGAACAAUCGCAAACACUGCGUCCGUAGUUAUCCAUUGUCGCUGCGAUGCACGGCAGCAGCACAUCUCGGCUUGGGCUACGCCCGUGGGAUGAGCAUGCAGAUAUUUUCUUACCUUCUUCGGCAUGCGAGCGAUGAUUCAAGAGUAGGGCGAGAAGUUGAGCGGGAGGUUGCGGCUGCCCUCGAAAGUGUUUUCCCGCGCAUUAGCCUCAAAGCCUUCAUCAACCUCGGAAGUGAGGAGAAGUACGCUCAACUCGACGAACUCGCAAAUAUUGUUCUGGGAAUUCGGGUGUUCAACCAGCAUAUUGGUAAAGGCGGUAUCAACGUUCCAAACCCCGAACAAGAAGCUGCGACGCUCCUCCUAGAUAUGGGACGUGUGCUUUCAGACGAACUCGAACAGGCGCAGCAAACUUGUGCAGAACUCCAGCAAGUCAUUGUCCACAGUGAGUUGCGGCAUCCUCAAGGGGUUACGGCGGACAUGCUCAGCCGCUGGAAGGACGAGUUGACCAACAAGCGGCAAUACUUGUCGUAUUUGCAGAGCUUACAAGAAGAUAUGGCAGUGUCUGAUCGCAAAGUUAGUUUACUCCGCGACACCAUCAGGUCCGAAAUGCGCGAUUUGGAGGAGCUGGUGGGAAAUCGCGCAUCAGUUCCCAAGGAGCACGUUUACCCGAAGUUCUAUGAAAUUGCUACUCACUGGACGGCACUGUAUCGAGAGUACAAGGUAAUAUCCGGACGGACAAGAACUACAGACGUCCUCCGGGCGUUUCGAGAUUCGUACACCCCAACAAUUCGAGGGGGACUGGAUAUUCAAUCAGGCGAGCUCUCCGCUUUAGAGGAGAAUGCUCGGGCAGCCGAAGCGGCCGUUGGCAUCACCAGCACAAACGUGGAGCCGACAGGUGCAACAGAAAACAAGCCACCCCUAGGUGACACAAACGAGGGCAAGGAUGCCGAUGAGGAAGGGCGCAGAGGAGACACUAGCGACCAUAUCGAAGAACAGCCCGGACCAGGAGGGCAAGGGCCCGCCAUCGUUCGUCGUGAAGACCAGUCGACCGAACAGCCGGUGAAACUAUCUAUUGAAUCUACACCAGAGUUUAUGCAGCUGCCGCUGGAGUACCAAGGAUUUUGUUCGUGGACCAUCGUCAAGAGGCAAGGCUUGCUUCUUCCCGGCAAGCCUGAGCUCGGAGUGAUUCGGUACAAAAACCGAUUCUUUGUAUUCGCCCAUCAAGUCGCCAUGGCGACCUUCAUGACCGAUCCUGAGUUGUUCUUGAAGGCCACACUCGAGCGAUUCAUUCCCCGAGACAUGCAUCACUCGCAUGUUGCAAGGUGGUAAAAAUGGCAACGGCAAAGGUCGCCCCAGCCUUGCUUUGGCCCCUCCAGAAAAGCGUGAAGCUGGCACCGACACACCGGUGCACUUCAUCGAGAAGUGUAUCGACCCCGAGUAUCACUGGAACGAAUGGGUCC